AUGCGUCCACUGCAUGGUUUUGUGCUGGUCCGGCUGGUCGUAGCCAUCUGCCUGCCAUGGAGCGACGCUGGACACCCGACCAAUGCUGUAUCUUCACUGGCCAGGCCGUCCGACGAGGCCAGCGAAGACGGCUUUGCAUUGCACCGGUUCUACACCGAAACUAACGAAGAGAUUCCCGUCGGCAGCGCCCUACUCGACUUGUCCGCCGCUAUUUCGGCCACCACUUACGUUCAGCCGGCAUCACUUGCGUCCACUGACGACACGGCACUAACCGAUCCAUCCAACCAUCUUCAUCUUGACUAUCGCAUUUCAGAAGGUCUGGACGCCGCUCUGUUUCGUGUCGACACACAAACCGGUCAGUUGGUGACUGCGGCCCGACUGGAUCGUGAAGCUCUUUGCGCCAGCCAACGGGCCCAGUUCUGCUGCAAGCCCAACAGCCGGAUUCCCGGCAACCUGAUACAGUUGAGACCUUUAUCAGGCGGCUCGGAGGGCCGCUUUGAGGGCACCCUCUCCUCAUCUUCUUCUUCCUCUCCCUACGCCCAUCCUGUUUCGUCUUCAGCAUCCCCAACCGGUCCGUCUCGUCCUCCGGUACCCGCGGGCCAAGUGUGUCAUUUGGCCGUACAGAUCAGCGCAACACCGCGGCCCGUCGACCCGGAGACGGCCGCAACCACGGCCGAAGGUCAGAAUCCCGGCAUCACCUCCGCCCAAUUGGGUCAGCCGGUCAGCAACCACGCUUUGCGUCCUCAGCCUCCCAUCAACCAGCCUGGCGACCAACUUAGCCUUAUUCAAAUUUACGUCCGACUGCACGACAUCAACGACCAUGCACCUCAAUUUUUGUCUCGCCAGAUCCUACAACACAUUGGCCCCGGCGCCGGAGGCAGCAUCACCGUGCCUGAGGACAGUCAGUCGAGCGGAGUGUUGCAUCAUUUUGUCAUUCAUGACGCCGACGUGGGACAAAACGGUCUUCAAGAGGUCCGUCUCGAGGUGGUCCCGUUGGUAGCGCCCUCGGCCGGUUCGAGCAAUGCCUCUCGAGUCCCGGGUGGCCUCAUCUCUUCUGUCGAGUCGUCGACGGAGUCGGGUCGCCCGGGAGCCGAGUCUUGGCCGCUGCUGCCCAACGAGCUCCUGGAGCCUUUCAGUCUGCGCCGCACCCGAGACGGCGCCAGCCUCGUCUUGAAGGGCAGACUGGACCGUGAGGUCGUCUCCGCC